AUGGGGCUGCUGGAUAAACUGUCGGGCUGGCUCGGCCUGAGGAAGAAAGAGGUCAACGUUCUGUGUUUGGGACUCGACAACAGCGGCAAAACUACCAUCAUCAACCAACUGAAACCGUCUAAUCAUUCGAAUCAUUUAGGCCCAUUGUCACCCGACUGGAAACAUGUUAGUCAGACUCAGGCACAAGAAAUAGUCCCAACAAUUGGCUUCAACAUUGAAAAGUUCAAGAGUUCAAGCUUGUCUUUUACAGUCUUUGAUAUGUCUGGGCAGAGCAGAUAUAGAAACCUAUGGGAGCAUUACUACAAAGAAAGUCAUGCCAUCAUAUUUGUCAUUGACAGCGGUGACAAACUGAGAAUGGUUGUUGCCAAAGAGGAACUAGAUACUCUGCUCAACCACGAAGAUAUCCGCAACAAAAAGAUGCCAGUAUUGUUCUUUGCUAACAAAAUGGAUCUGCGGGAUGCCGUGUCUUCUGUCAAGGUCUCCCAGAUGUUGUCUUUAGAAAACAUCAAAGACAAACCCUGGCACAUCUGUGCCAGCAAUGCAAUCAAAGGAGAGGGCCUGCAGGAAGGGCUGGACUGGCUACAAGAUCAUAUCAAAACAAUGAACAUGUAA